AUGAAUAAAACUUCUGUACUUGGAGAUGCAAUUAAGUAUCUGAAACAACUCCAAGAGCGAGUGAAGAUGUUGGAGGAACAAGCCACGAAGCAAACCAUGAAAUCUGUGGUGCUUGUGAAGAAAUCCCAGCUCGAUGUUGAAGAUGAGAGUUCUUCCGACGAGAGCUUCGGAGGCAGCUCCGACGAGUCACUCCCUGAAAUUGAAGCUCGAGUUUGCAACAAAAACGUGCUUCUGAGGAUUCAUUGUGAGAAACAAAAGGGACAACUGGUGAAAAUACUGACUCAGAUCGAAAAGCUCAAUCUGAGUGUGGUUAAUACCAGUGUUUUUCCAUUUGGAAGUUUGGCUCUCGAUAUCACCAUUACCGCCGAGAUGGAAAAAGAAUUCAGCAUGACAGUGAAAGAUGUGGUGAGGAGUCUUAGUUCAGCCCUCAAGUGA